GAUUUUGUUGUAAAUUACAUGAUUAUUGUGGAGAAAAAGUAUUAUUUAGUGCUUUAAAAUAGUAAUCCACUCUACGACAGACAAAAUGGACUCACUUAUGGAACCAACGCUGUACACCAUCAAGGGCAUGUGCAUACUGGACAACGACGGGAACCGCAUACUGGCCAAGUACUACGACAAGAACGUGUUCCCCACGGUGAAGGAGCAGCGGGCGUACGAGAAGAACCUGUUCAGCAAAACACACCGGGCGGAUGCGGAAAUCAUCAUGCUCGAUGGGCUGACCUGCGUGUACAAGAGCAAUGUGGAUCUGUUCUUCUACGUGAUGGGCAGCACGCAGGAGAACGAGCUGAUACUGCUGUCAGUGCUGAACUGUCUGUACGACACGAUCACGAAUCUGAAGAAAAAUGUGGAAAAGCGGGCGGUGCUGGAAAAUCUCGACAUUGUGAUGCUGGCGUUCGAUGAAAUCUGCGACGGAGGCAUUAUCCUGGAUGCAGAUCCCUCGUCCGUGAUGAAGCGGGUCGACCUGCGAAACGAUGACAUUCCGAUCGGGGAGCAAACCGUUGCCCAGGUUCUACAGUCGGCCAAAGAGCAACUGAAAUGGUCACUGCUAAAGUGAGCACUCGGGAGUGGAAUAUUCAUUUGCUUGCUUUUGCCCUCAUAUAUAGAUACCAAACCGUCAAGCCACCCGGGGGUCCACUGCACCCUACACCCGGCAUUGCAGGGAAGGUGUUGUAGCAAUUCCUUUGGCGAGUGAAUCACUUUACAGAAAGCGAACGAAAUUUCGUUUCAUUUUAGGAGCACGUUAACAUUAAGACCGAAAACAGAAGAUAAAUGGUUAAGCAAAUAACACGAAA